GUCACGUCUUUCAGUGAGAAAUGCUAUGUCGUCACCCCCAACAUGAUCAGUUUCACGGGUCUCGUGUUUGCUGUUAUUGCAGCGAAAUGUAUAGUGUCCGAUAACAUUAUCAGGCACCGAGUCGCGGCACUCUUCUUCCAGGUCAGAACCUGGUGUGAUGCCUUGGACGGCAUAGUUGCUCGUGCACGUAUGGGGCUGGUCAAGCACGCAUCACUGCGAUCAACUUCUGGCUACGUCAUAGACGGGUUAGCCGACGCACUGGGGUUUACAGCUUUUCUUGUGGGGUGUCUUUACUACUUUCGUCGGUGGCCGCCCAAUGAAAGUCAGUAUCGGGUCUUGUACCCCAAAGAACACUUGGAGAAAAAUGAAGGUUACACGACCGAAAACGGAAACCAAACAAACUGGACAGGCAGAAGGCUAUUUUUUGUUGUCUUCUGUUUCGGAAUACAGAUAGCGCUCAGUGCCUUCUUCUGGGAUCGAUACAUACACACUUACUCAGAACUUCUCGAAAGUCCCCAGCCCACCGUUGGAAAAGCG